UGCAGAGCAAAGAUAAAGGAGCAGAGGCAGGCGUACCAUAAGGCGAGGGAGGCAAACCGUCGCUCAGGUGCUGCACCUAAGUCCUACUGGUUCUAUAAGGAGCUGGGCGCUAUCCUCAGUGGUGACCCCACCUCCACCACCAAGAGCCCCGUGGAUACUUCGGCGGGCCUGGAGGCAGUGGAAAGAGGAUCUAACCCAGAGGAUGAAGUAAUCGAUGAAGAGGUGGAGUUAGAUGAGGAUGUGGAGCUCCCGGCAGGGUCGCCCGGUGGGGCAAACAGCCAGGAACUGUUUUCCAUUCCAGAGGUGUCUAACCAGUCUCAGCAGUUGCUCUCGGGGAGCAAGAAGCAAGAGAUAAGAUCCCUGGAAACUUUCCCGCGCCAUUCGGCAGUCACUUGUGCAGGGACUGAAGCAGCGCACAGAUGUGGCCUUCAGGAACACCCCCCACACACCAGCCGAGUGUCUCCACCAAAUAAGAAAGCGCCCAAGACGGAGCAAAGAAGACAUGUUUCAGGAGGCUUUCCAGUUUCCAAACCUGAUGUGAUCUCCCAGCUGGAACAAGGGGCAGAGCCGUGGGUCCCAGACCUCCAGGGUUCAGGGGAAAGAGAGAUCCUGAGAGGUCCCUGCACAGCAGGUGAUGCAAUGGUGAGUGAGAAUGAGGAGCAGAAUUCUCCGCAGAAAGAUGCUGAGCAAGUGGAACCACACAGAGCAUUAACACAGACAUCCGAAGGGAAUGUCUCCAGGAGUCAUGAGCAGGGAACAGCCUGUGAGAUUCAGCAGACACCAGAGAGAGAGCAGGGAAACCAGCCAGGGGAGAAAUUGGAUAAAUUCAUUUGCUCUCGGGGAACUCACAAGGACCUCAAGGAAACCACAGCCCAGCAGAAAAUCCUCAGGGGUCAGAGAAAAAAUACAUCCACUGAGUGUGGGAAAAGCUUUAGGGACCACUCAGUCCUUCUUGCACAUCAGAGAAUACACAGAGGAGACAGACCCUAUGUAUGCUGUGAGUGCGGGAAAACCUUCAUUCGGCGCGCUCACCUUCUUACACAUCAGAGAAUCCACACAGGGGAGAAACGCUAUGCAUGCUGUGAGUGCGGGAAAAGCUUCACUGAUCUCUCAUCCCUUAUCUCUCAUCAGAGAGUCCACACGGGAGAGAAACCCUAUGAAUGCUGGGAGUGCGGGAAAAGCUUCUCUCAGAGCUCAACUCUCAUUACACAUCACAGAAUUCACACAGGACAAAGACCCUACGAAUGCUGUGAGUGCGGAAAAACCUUCACUCAGAGCUCACACCUUACUAUACAUCAGAAAAUCCACACAGGAGAGAAACCCUAUGUAUGCUGUGAGUGUAGGAAAAGCUUCACUCUGAGGUCGCACCUCAUUCGGCAUCAAAGAAUCCACACGGGAGAGAAACCCUUUGAAUGCUGUGAGUGUGGGAAAAACUUCACUCUGAGCUCAGAGCUUACUACGCAUCAGAGAAUCCAUACGGGAGAGAGACCUUAUGCAUGCUCUGAGUGCGGGAAAAGCUUCACUCGGAGCUCAGCCCUGACUAGACAUCACAGAAUCCAUACGGGAGAGAGACCCUAUGAAUGCUGUGAGUGCAGGAAAAGCUUCACUCGGAGCUCAGCCCUUACUAGACAUCACAGAAUCUGCAAGGGACCUAAACACCAUAAAUGCCCUGAGUGUGGGAAAUACUUUAGUCACUGCUCAUCCCUUAUUAGACAUCAGAGAAUACACACAGGGGAAAGACCCUAUGAAUGCUGUGAGUGCGGGAAAAGCUUCACUAACAACUCAAGCCUUAUUACGCAUCAGAGAAUCCACACAGGGGAAAGACCCUAUGAAUGCAGGGAGUGUGGAAAAAGCUUCACUGACAGCUCACACCUUACUAAGCAUCACAAAGUCCACACUGGGCAGGGACUCUAUGAAUGCGGUGAAUGUGGAAAAAGCUUCACGGAUAGCUCAGCCCUUCUUAAACAUCACAGAAUCCACACGGGAGAGAGACCCUACGUAUGCUGUGAGUGUCGGAAAGCCUUCAGUCAGAGCUUUGAGCUUACUAGACAUCAGAGAAUCCACACGGGGGAGAGACCUUAUGGAUGCUGUGAGUGCGGGAAAAGCUUCAUUCAGCACUCACACCUCAUUAGGCAUCAGAGAAACCACACAGGUGAGAGACCCUAUAAAUGCGGUGAGUGCGGGAAAAGCUUCACUCAGAGCUCAGACCUCAUUAUACAUCAAAGAAUGCACACGGGGGAGAGACCUUACGUAUGCUCUGAGUGCGGGAAAACCUUCAUUCAGCAUUCACACCUCAUUAGACAUCAGAGAAACCACACGGGUGAGAAACCCUAUGAGUGCUGUGAGUGUGAGAAGACCUUCAUUCAGCUGUCAGAACUUACUCGACACGAAAGAAUCCACACAGGAGAGAAGCCCUAUGAAUGCCGUGAGUGUGGGACAAGGUUCACUCAGAGCUCAUCCCUUAAAUAUCAUCAGAGAAUCUGCAAGGGAGAGAAACACCAUAAAAACCUCACAGGCUAGCCAGACAUUUUUUUCUUUAAUACUUUUGCUAAUUUCCAUAUAGUAACCUUUAAGUCUGUUUGAACCGUUUGCAGCACCAUUAUCCCUCAGCUUGUCCAGAGGAGUUGCCCAUUUUUGCCUUUUGCAUUUCGCCCUGUUUUGGAGUGGACCCGGUUGUCCUUGCUAUCAACUCCAUUGUCCCAGGAGUAAUGGGAGUGCGUCCCUUCUUCAAGGAAACAAGGAGCAUCACAUUUAUACUGUUCCUCCUAUUGCAAAAUUAUUAUUAGGGUCAUCAAUGAUACAGAUUGUUUCAUUCUCAGUUGUUCUCACGUUGCUCUGGGUUGUGCUGAAGAGCCGUUAUUUUUGGACCUUUUCCCCCCGUUAUAUUUAAAUGUAUUUUAAAUGAAGAGGAGCAGUGGCAGGGAAAAACGUGUCAUUUCAGCCUCGGUGACACUGGAAGGAGAUGGGGUGACUCACAGAGAUUCCUUCCUUCCCCAUCACUGCAGAACUGUUACCUCCUCUCUGAGCCAGGCAGAGUUUAUCUUCAUCACAUUCUGUCCCUCUACUUCUCAAAGUGUCAUGUGAUGCAGUGCUCUCAGCUGUCUGUGUUUGGAGAUGACGCUUUGACUUCUUUAAUCCUAUAUCAGAGUCACUAUGACUGGAGAUGAAAAUGUCAAAGACCUGGAAGGGGAAUUCAAAUGAAUCCCAAACACAGUGGGAUUAUUUGCAGUUUAAAUCCCAGUUUCCAACUAUUGGCCAAGCCACUUGGGGGAAGGUUGGCUGUAUUUUCCUCCAUUAUGAUGAUACUAAAAUGCUAAAACUUUUCUAAAUUACAUAACUCGACAGUGCUGAAUGAAGCAGGUUUGAAUGGAUCAGAGGAGAGUGUGGUGGGAGAAUCUCUUAUCCCAAUUCUGAGUUAUUAGAUGUAACCUGCUCUGGAAUUUCACUCGACACUUUCACUGUCAUGUAUUCUGUUUCUCUGUGAUGUUGGUUUCUAUCUUUCCUGAAAAGUUGUUUGGUCGCCCAAUUGGAUAUUAGUUUACUUUGAUGAGACGUAGCUCAGAUUUAUUAGAGACUUUGAGACAAAUGACCAUUUGCUAAAGUCAUUACUUCUCACUUCAGCAUUGCUUUUUCCCCACCCCUCCAUGAUGAUGUGGAGAAAGUUCAUGUGCAGUUCUGUCAACAGGAGAGAACUCUCCAAUUUACUGGACAUGCUAACAAAGAAGCAGCAGUGAUUUUAAAUCUCCACUGGGAAAUGGUGAACAACAGCAGAACCCCAACUAACUGAAGCAAGUGCAGAUGACCACAGUGGAGUUCAAUUGUUUAAGCCAGUGGUUCUCAAACUUCAUUGCACCGUGACCCCCGUCUGACAACAAAAAUUAAUCCAUGACAUGCCCCUCCCCCUGAUGGAAGCUGAAGCCCACGAGCUUCAGCCCCAGGCGGCAGGGCAGUAGCCCGAGCUCUGCUCUGCAGAGUGGAUGAAGCCACACCCGAGUCCUGCCGUGUGUGUGUGUGUGUGUUGGGGGAGAAAUGAAGCUGCACCCCAAGUCCUGCCAUAUGGGGGGGCUGAAGCUGCAGAAUAGGUGCAGAAAAAUAUCUAUUUUUGAAUAGAAACUCCACCUCUGGUAACUUACCGAGAUUCUGGUCCAGGCCUUUAGCUAGUUCCUAAGUUAAAGAAACACUGGGCAUGUUUGAGGAAGCCGUUCCGCACUAGCACUGCUGAGAUUUUUGAGUGGUUUGGUAAAGGGUUCUACUUCAGAGAAGUGUAAAUGUACCCUAGCCAAGGCCAAGGAUUCGGAAAAAAAAGGGGGGCAGAAAUAGUACACACCCAGUUCUUAGUUUUCACCCAGUAAAGGCUGCUAUGGCGACGAAUGGCCCAAGGAAAAUUGUUUGUACAGCUCCACUUCCUAGUUAAGUGUCACCGAUUACAGUCUCAAAGGAUGCCAGGGUUAGAUUGAGAACAAUCAUCUUUCACCGUUUGGAUCCAAAGUUUCAUGAGGCAAAGAGAGAGAGAGUCCUUCCGAGGACAUUCCUUCCCUGUGAAUCCCAAACUGGCUGCCACUUCCAUGCUGUGGAAAUGAUGGUAAGCAAUGAGGGAAUGAGUGUGUCAGGCUCCAAUUGCAGACUGCGGGAUACAUGAAUGUUAGAGUUCUGAUCUAUGGGUUUGCGUCUUAGGGCUCGUCUACACUUAAAAUGCUACAUCGGCACAGCUGCACAUGUGGAACUGCGCCACUAGUGCUUGAAUGAAGAAGCUCUAAGGAGAAGGGAGAGAGGUCUCCCAUCAGCUUAGAUAAUCCACCUCCCCAGGAGGCGGUAGCUUUGUCAGCAGGAGAAGCUCUCCCGCUGAUAUGGCCCUGUGUACACAGGGGGGAGGGGUAAUACUCUGUACCUCAAAGCACCCUGGAAUCCCCAUAUUCACCACUGUCAUAUGAUGGACAUGUUUUGUACAAUGCAGGCCUUGUGAAGUAUCAUUUUAAGUCUUGGUCUGUUGAACCUUAAUACCUUGUUGAAUUGUAGGUAUGAUCCUUGUAUGUGAAGUUGUGAAGUACUGCUCUAUGUGUUACUGAAAUACGUUGUGAGGUUAGGAAACGCCCGGAGCCAGCCUUUCUGCUGCAACAAGGGGAGAAGCUAUCACUGGCCAGACAGGCGUUGAUGGCCCACCAAGAAGAAUCCACUCUCCCAGAGGCUCCUUAGAGAGGGAACAUAUGCCGUGGGGACAGCCUAACCCAGGGGUUGGCAACCUUUCAGAAGUGGUGGGCCGAGUCUUCACUUAUUCACUUUAACUUAAGG